CUUUGGUGGCAACAGCCAGCAGCAUGGUAGAGAAGCGGUGCCCACGGCUGCAGAGAGAGAGUGUGUACCGCUGGUUCUCCGAGCUGCCCUCUCCUCAACGGGUGGAGUUCCUGUGUGGCCUGCUGGACCUGUGCAUCCCCCUCGAGCUGCGCUUCCUGGGCGCCUGUCUCGAAGACCUGGCUCGCAAGGACUACCACUCGCUGCGGGACUCGGAGAUUAAGGCCAACAACCCUGCCGACCUGGGCAGCCUGACCAACCUGACGGAUGAGGUGGUGCGCAGCAAGCUGUUGGUUUCGCUGGCCCUCCUGGGGUCGUCCCACCGGGAGGCGGCAGGGGUCCUCUUCCGGACGCUCACCCACAUCGACUCCGUCAUCCACAACUACGGGCUGCAGCUCAACGAGGGCCGGACUGGGGACGAGUUCUUGCUGCUCUUCACCAUGGCCGCCAAUCAUCCAGCCUUCAGCUUCCACCAGAAGCAGGUGCUGAGGCAGGAGCUCACCAAGAUCCAGAACAUUGUUGCGAGUACCAGCAAGAGCCACAGCACUUCUGCCAUGAGCCCCAUGGGAACAUGUCCUAGUUGCCACAAGGUCACACCACGAUCUGAGACCCCCAUAAACAGUGUUGGUAACAGUUUAGAAAAUGCACUACAUACAUCAGCACAUUCCAUUGAGGAGUCAUUACCCAAGAGGCCUUCAGGGAAACACUCUAAAGUGAGUGUUGAAAAAGUGGAACUAAAGGGAUUAUUGCACAAGAAGAAUGAUAGGAACAUGGAAUAUUCCUUUGAGGUCUUCUGGUCUGAUUCUACAGUGACAUUGGUAACAAAGUCUUCUGCAGAAGUGACUGAAUUUGUUUCAAAGUUAUGUCAGCUGUAUCCAGAAGAAAAUUUGGAGAAAUUCAUUCCUUGCCUAGCCGGUCCCGAUUCAUUUUACUUGGAAAGGAACCACAUGGACCUAGAAUCGGACCUUAGGUAUUUGGCGUCAUUACCUUCCCAUGUCUGGAAAAAUGAUCACGUAAAGAAAUUUUUCAGCUCUUCAUCUCACUCCCAACAGCUUCAGAGUUCAAGUCCCAGCAGCACUUCCCUUUAUAAAGCAAGCACUACCCUGGGCGCUUCUGGAAGACCUGUCUGUGGCGUAGCUGGGAUCCAGUCUUCGCAGAACAACCUCCAGCAUCACGUCCAGCAUCCGAACUCUACCCCAGUUGCACUCCCUCACUGCUCACAUUCAGGUGGGGCUGGAUCCUCGCUAGCCUGCCGCUCCCAGCUGGAGAACUCCUCACCUGUGUUAAUGACUCCCAGUCCUCAGAUCCCCCAGGCCCAGGAGCAAAACGGGAUUUUGGACUGGUUACGGAAGCUGCGCUUGCACAAGUACUACCCAGUUUUCAAACAGCUCACAAUGGAGAAGUUCCUGAGCCUCACUGAGGAAGACCUGAACAAAUUUGAGUCCCUCACCAUGGGCGCUAAGAAGAAGUUGAAGACCCAGCUGGAGUUGGAAAAGGAAAAAUCUGAGAAAAGGACACUGAACCCAGCAGCAUCCCCUUCUGUGAGCAGCAGUGGAGUGGCCAGAGUCCCUCCUACUACUCACAUUGGACCGAUUCAGAGCAUCCGUGGAAACCAUGCAGCAGAGCUGCGGGUAGAUGUGGAUCAGCCGUCCACUGCAAUCCCCCGUGAGGGAAGCUCUUCUGAAUACUCCAGUUCCUCCUCUAGCCCAAUGGGGAUCCAGACCCGGGAAGAGAGCUCAGACAGCGCUGAGGAGAAUGAGAGACGUUUAGAGAUCCACUUGGAAGCCUCGGAGAAGGAGAAGCCAGUUAUGAUUCUGAAUCACUUCAAUUCAGGCUCAGCCAGGCCGACUGCACAGGUCUUACCAGUGCAGAAUGAUGCUGGGUCCAGUCCGUCCGCGCACCACCCCUUGCCGGUGCAGAUGAUGGCUGCAUGCUCCCCGCACAUCACCCCCAUUCGUAUACUAAACUCUUUGCACAAGCCAGAGCGAGGGAAUACAGACAUGAAGCUCCUUUCGUCCUCUAUGCACUCGCUUCUGUCUUUGGAUGACAGGACAAAGUUCUCGCCUGGACCCCCCCGAAGCAGCAUCAAGAUGGAGAAGAGCUUUGGAAACACAAUCAUGGAUGGGAUGUCACCAUCUCCCCAUCAGCCCCUGCAAGUGCCCUCGGGAGUUCCGGAAAACGGUUCAUCAACCCCUUCCAUUCACUUUGGCCCACGCACCAAAGUGGUUCAUGCUUCCACCCUCGACAGAGUGGUGAAAACAGCCCAGCAGCCGGGAAUGAUCAUGGAAACAAGCACCACGGCCACGGCCACCUCCAGCACAGUCUUCCAUGUGGCACGGCCGCCCAUUAAGCUCCUGGUGUCUUCUUCUGUUCCGACCGAUUCGACGAUUGUGGGGCAAAGCUCCUGCUCCAGUAAUAUGCAAUUCAGCGUGUCCCCAGCAAUAAUCACUCCCCGGACUGCUCUCUACACAGCCAACACCAAAGUGGCCUUCUCUGCCGUGAGCAGCCUGCCGGUCGCCCCGCUGCCCAGCAGCAGCAGCUUCUGUGCAAACAGCAACACUGCCUCUGCCGGCAGCCACCCCUCCACAGCCUUCCCCAACAUGACCAGCCUGCCCAGUUGCCCCGCCCCCAGUUCCAGCCCCACGCUUUCCACUGCUGCUGAGAACAGUUUCUACAACGGCGGCGGGGGCUCGCCCGGGAGCAUCCCGGUGCCUAGCCAGACGCACCACCAUCACCACCACCAUCAGCAGCAGCAGCCUCCCAGUUGCAUGGUGUGCAGCUCCUGCGGCUGUAGCGGCAACUGCGGCUCCAGCGGCCUGACGGUCAGUUACGCCAACUACUUCCAGCACCCCUUUCCUGGGCCGUCCAUGUUUCCUUUCCCCUUUCUGCCCUUCAACCCUCUGUGCAGCAACGGCUACGUCAACACGCAGCAGUACAACAGCAGCUCGGCUUUUCCCAUGACCCCCUCUCCUUACAAUGGCGGCAUUGCGCCGGAUUCUGUCAUGAGCGGGCAGUCCACGUUUGCAGUGCCGCCCAUGCAGAGCUUCAUGGCGGGUACGGCAGGGGUGUAUCAGGCGCAGGGGAUGAUGAGCAACAGCAGCGGCAUGGGCCACAAAAAAAGCGGGCAUCUCUCCUGUUAUAACUGUGGAGCCAGCGGUCACAGAGCUCAAGAUUGCAAACAGCCGCCAAUGGACUUCAACAGACAAGGUACAUUUAGGUUAAAAUAUGCUCCGCCGGCUGAAAGUCUAGAUUCCACAGACUGAUGUUAACUCCACAGACUUGAUAUUUUGUGAUGGCAAAAGCCCUGGACUGAUUAGGAAGCUUCAUAUUGGAAUCUGAAAAGUCCACUUGUUGAGCUUAAUGUAUUUUUUUUUAAUCCAAAGGUGCUCUACAUCACUACAAUAGGAAGGAACUGAAGUUUAGGGGCUUAUCCAACCCAUUUUUACUGAUUGCCAAAUUAUAACAUGGAUCUUAAUGUUGGGCCUUCCAGAUGACAGGUGAAACUGGCCAAUUACCCUUUUCUGUUGCAAACAAGCUCCUGCACUUUUUGCUGAAGAAUGUUGCCAUACUUGGGCCUACGGGGCUGAACACUCAAAACUCCUGGGCAGCUAUGUUGGAAU